AGUUUGCUGUGGUAGAACUAGAAGUUUAAAUAGACCCAAAGAUUGUAUAGCGCGGCGCUAUACAAUCUUUGGUUAGAACCGGAACCAUACAUAGACUGAAAGCUAGACAUGCUAGACCAAGGAACAGAUCUAGAUUGAAUAAAGCCGUAGGCUAGCUAUAGGCCUAUGUACGUCACUGUUUAGAAGAUUGUGCAACAAGAAAUGACAGGAAUCUAAAAUGGAUGGCAGAGAACCUACCUAGUGUUGGUAUAUUUAGGCGUCAGAAUCUGUCUCAUCGAGGGAGAUACAAAAAUGAAAACGCGUCGUCUACGACAAAGUCAAAGAUGCCAACUAUUGAAGACUUCACCAUUCUCAAACCCAUAAGCAAAGGAGCGUUUGGGAAAGUCUACCUUGGAAAACGAGCAGACAGAGAGGAACUCUAUGCCAUCAAAGUUAUGAAGAAAUCCGAGAUGUUACACAAGAAUAUGGUCCAGCAGGUGACUGCGGAGAGAGAUGCGCUGGCUUUGUCUAAGAGUCCCUUCAUUGUCAGAUUAUACUACUCCAUCCAAACAACAAAAUUCAUUUACUUGGUGAUGGAGUAUUUGAUUGGUGGUGAUCUCAAAUCUCUGCUUCAUGUCUGUGGUUACUUUGAUGAGUCGAUGGCAGUGAUGUACACAGCAGAGAUUGUACUUGCCUUGGAGUAUCUGCAUAGCCACAGCAUUAUACACAGAGAUUUGAAACCUGACAAUCUUUUGAUAGCCAAUGAUGGCCACAUCAAGUUAACUGACUUUGGACUCUCACAAAUCACACUCAACAAAAGAAUCAGUGUAGCUGACAUCAUGAGCACUCCAUCAGUUCCUAAACGUGGAUCCAUUGACCUCUAUCGCACACCAGGCCAACUCCUCUCCCUCACAACUAGCUUUGCUUUUAAUCAGCCUUCCACAAUGAAGAACAGAUCCCAAGAAUCUCCCCACUCCACACCACUCACUGCACUGGGAAACAAACCCCUGUACAGGCCACUGUCACCCCAAGAGAGACGAGAUAGAUCCAACAGCUACAUCAGCUUGAUAGAAUCCCCAUCCCCUGUUGCCCCUGUGAUAAAUGUGACUGAUGAUGAAUCCAGGUCAAAGGUUACUGAAAAAUCACAUGUGAAAGGUCAUGAGGGUGAGGUUGAAGAACCAAGUCAAGGCAAACAGGUUGACAGUGUUUCAGGUGUGAAGGGUCACCGUCUAGAGAAGGAGAAUAGAGCGGGGCUUAUAGAGACACCACUAAAUACAGGAAGUAGGCGGAGACUAGGAAAGGGGAAGGAGGGUGUGGCUGGGAGUGGAUCUGUCCCUAUUGCUAAGAGGUACCUUGGUGAGAGUUCAGUGGCACCUGUAAUGAACUUGGCCUUUGAGCAUGCUGAGAGUAAAACCUCACCGAUAGCAUCACCUGAUCUAGGGUAUGAUAGUAGAAGUUCACCUAGGAGCAAUGAUGGGUCAUCUUGUGGUAGAGUCAGUGGUUUAGAAGCUGGUAGUGAUGGCAAAGUUGUUAAACACGCACCAAGUCCAAAGACCAUCACAUCAUCUACUCCACUAACUUCUCCCAACCUUGCUGGAGAUCAACACUCUACACCUGAUGGGGUUGGACACCUGGAUGCUUCUAAGUCACCAAAGGUAUCAACUGCAGAUUGUAAUGAUGGAGGGUCAAGCUCUCAUUCUAAGAGAACUUACAGCACUGACAGCGAUGAGUUUGAGUCACGUAAGAGUCCUGAAAUUACUCGUGGAAGGAUGUUAAGCUUUGGAUCUAGUGAUAUGCCUCGACCGCUUGGUACAGGUGCAAGGAAACGCAAAUACUCCCAGUUAUCAGAAAUUAGUCCUGUUGGGGAAAGAGAGAUUGUCAUAGGGGAAAGGCAUACAGGCUUGACCAUGGAAGUCAGCGUCAUGGGACUUGCUGGGUCUAUCCCAAGUAAUGAUGCAGCCAAUAGAUCAAUAUCAUCAAGUCUGACAUCUUCACUCAAUGAAAGUCUUGAAGAGUCUUCAGACAUCAGUAGGUGUUCAGACAGUGCAACUGACAUCAAAGCUAAGAGAACGAAGCGUAAUGUUAGCUUUGACUUAGAAGGUGGACGUGAAGAGUUGACAGCACCAUUGUUAGUACGUCCUCGACUGAACACAUACCUGGAGCAAACAGCUAAGAUGGAAACAUUUCAAGAGGAGAAAUCAUUGGAUCAAUCAGAUGGCAGUAUGGAUGAGAACGAUGAACACUCUACCAAUCAAUUACCACAUCUACCUACAUGUAUGUCAUGUGAUAAUGACGUCAUCGCAGAUUGGGCUGAUAAGAAGCCAACCAGGACCCCUUACAGGUCUCACAGUGCAACACCAGCUGCAAGUAAAUCCACCUUCAAGACCCCAGCACAUACCUCCUUCCGAACCCCAGCUUGCACCCCAUACAGGACCCCUAAGAGUGUGCGCAGAGGACCUCCCCCAGACGUGGCCCACCCUGAAAGAAUUCUAGGUACUCCGGAUUAUCUAGCACCAGAAUUACUACUCCGGAAACCACAUGGUGUUGGCGUGGAUUGGUGGGCUUUGGGUGUGUGUUUCUUCGAGUUCUUGACUGGCAUACCACCAUUCAACGACCAGACACCAGACCUGGUCUUCCAGAAUAUCCUGAACAGAGAUAUUCCUUUGCCAGAAGGGGAUGAGGCUUUGUCCAGCAAUACUUUGGAUGUUAUUGAUCGUCUUCUUACCAUGGACCCUGAGCAAAGGGCUACAGCAAAGGAUUUGAAGCCCCACGCUUUGUUUGACGGCAUUGAUUGGUCACAUAUCCGUGACACUGAAGCCCCUUUUAUUCCAACACCAGAUGACAAGACAGACACAACAUACUUUGAUGCUCGGAACAAUAUGCAACAUCUUCAGAUGUCAUCAUUUGCACUCUAAGCUCCUUAAUACUCCAACUGAAUGGAGGGAACAUGACCUGAUCAAUGCAAAAUGUUCUAUGAAUACAAGACCAACUCAAAUUGUCCCUUUCUAAAAAUCUCAUCAGAUUACUUAGCCUAGCUGUACCUGUGGAUUUAUAACCCAAGAUGUAUGACAUUUCUAUUCACUGAUAACAAUAAUUACCUAAAUUAGGUUAUUUAUGACUAGUAGAUACAUGUACUUGGAGAGAGAAUUACAUUUCAUUCUACAAAUGUUUGGAUUUGCCAAUAAACAUUUUUAUGCUACGGACAAAUUUCGGGCGGGGGUUGUCAGGAAUGACACUAGGAUGUCAAUAACAGGCACCAAAUAUAUUUUUUAAAUAAUUUGUGAUCUUUCCAAUUAAAAAUAAACAAUUAUUUACUUCUGAAUUCACCAGAAAAUGAAUUAAGACUAUAGGAGUGAUUCUCUUUUGCCGCACAGCUCUGUUGCUCUAAUGUUAAUUAGAUGUUGAGGACAGUUGCAUAUGAGCCAAAAAAAAGUGUUCCUGCUUGAUAUGGUUGAUGUACAUGUACCUGAUUUUUUUUGAGAAUUUGAUAAGCAAAUCUGCUUACAGUUUUUGUUAACGGUUUAUUUUAAAUCAAAAAUGCUUCUGAAAGUACAUGUAGGAUUACACAGGUGUACAUGUAGGCCAAAGAUAAAGUAAAGGCUAAAUAUUUUGCAAACUGUAUUUUGUAAAGAUAAUGCAGAAGAGUUUCAGUUUCGGUGAGUAUAUCAUUUUUCUUUUGGUUAGAAUUACCGGUACUUGAACAAGUACAUGUACAAUCAAUUUGAAACUGAAUCAUUGACUCAGCAUAUGGUUAGUCUACAUGUGUACGUGUAUAUCAGUACAGUGUACAUGUAUAUUGUAUGGCUGCGGAGAGUCAUCUCUAUCGGGUCAAAGUUUAACCUUAACCUACAUGUAAACUGCAAAUACUUUCCACUGAGAUGUGUACAUUAUUACAUUUUGUCAAAUGUGAGGGGAAACUAUUAAUUUAAGUGACAAUUACGGAUGUAAAGUUUUGAAAUAAAAAUUAGAACCAGAAUCUUCAAGUGAACUUGGAAUUUGCUCCAUACAAACUACAUAUACUGUUACGUGUAGCCUUUA